UGUAACUUUCGGGUUAUUCGGUUUCACAGCAAUCACGUAACAGACCCACAAGUCCUGUAUAUUUGAAAGAGUGAGGAGGGUGUUGCUACAGAAGUAGCACCUGAAGCUUUGGCAGUAGUUCGAGACAGCGGGAAGUACCACACACAGGCUCGGUGAGGAAGAAAUGGUUGAAUAAAAAUUCGCCGGAUAGGAAGAUCAGGUUUCCCAAACGAAUAAUUCACAAAAUUGGAUAUUUCCGGUUAGAGAGGAAAAAGCACGUCUUACCGUUCAGGCCUUAACUGGUUAAAUACCACAACUAAGAAAAUAUUCAGAAACUCUUCAAAAUCUCUGUAUAUUCGACUGCUUCGCUGCUGAAUUACAUAAUCAAAAAUUCCAUAUACCCGUACUGUGGAAUUCUCUUCUAAUGGUUCAUACAUCUAAAACUGAACAGUGUUUCGCUGAUCUGGAUCCCUUAUUGAAGAGGACUUCUGAGCUGUUAUCCAAGAUAAAGAAUGAAGGCAUUCUGUGUAAUAAUUUUCACCCGCUUCCUCAACCUCAACAGCAUUUUGACAGAAGUGUAGUCCAAGGUAACUCAUCUCAGCAAAAUCCAUUAGACGGUGAUUCUAAGCAAUUGGGAAUUGUUAAUCCGCUUCAUUCUGACAUAAAUAACGCUGUACUUGUAAAUUAUCAUUCUCACAAAAAUCAAAAUGGAUAUACUGUGUCGGAAAAUGAAAACAUAUCUACGAUAGUUAAAGGUGUCAUGCCUACUACUGCUCUAUCGCUGGAUCCAGUGGAAUAUUAUUUGCGCAACGAUCGAAAUUUGCGUGACUAUGCACAGAAGGCUGAUAAACUAAGUGCAGAACUAAAGCAAGCAAAUGACCAGAUCAGGAAGCUUGAAAAAUGUUUGUUAGAAAAACAGUCAUCAAUUGAUGAACUUUCAGCUGAAUUGGAUCGUAAAACAGCUUUAGUUAACUCUUUGACAACAGAGUCUGCAACAAAAGAUAUUCUUCUGCGUCAGUUAGAUUCUACCUUGGGCCGUCUGACAAGAAGUUGGAAGGAACAAGAAGCUAAACAGAAUCUUGCUUUAAAAUUGGCUAAAGAGGCAGAGAGUAGGCGAACUAAGGAAUUAGAGGAGGCCAAACACCAGCAUCAAUUAGCUCAUUCACAAUGGGAUGAACAACUUAACUCCUUAAAAGCAGAAUAUCGAUUAGAGAGAAUCUCCUUAGAAGAACAAUUAGCUCAGAUGACAAAUAAAUGCAAAGAACUAGACGGGUUUUGUGAAACUUCUAGUCAAACAAUAGAGACGUUAGAGAAUAAAAUAAAAGAGUAUGAAGAUGACAUAAAAGACUAUCAAACACAGUUAACAGAACAACAACAAGCAUCUGGUCUAAUUAUGAAGAAAUGUGUCCAACUAAAAGAAAAUUGGCAAAAUCAAUUUAAAAAAUAUAAAGACUCCAUAAAAAGGAAUUAUGAGACUAAAAGAGAUGAAAUAUACAAAUUAAAAGAUGAAAUCUCAGCAGCUAUUAGAAAAUAUGAAAAUGAAUUUGAAAAUUAUAAAAAGCAAGUUGAUUCAGCUGCAGAACGAAAAAUCCAAACACAACUAUUAUCAUUUGAGCAGAAAAUUCAAGAAACUACUGCACAGGCUGAAGAAAAUACUAGAAACAAAUUAAGAGAGGCAUCUGAACGGUAUAGAGAGGAACUUGACCAAUUACGACAGAGUGCAGAAACUGAGUUAUCAAGACAAAUGUUAGAGACUGAAUCUCGUAUUGAAGUAGAACGUCAACGUGUACAAAAUGCAGAAAAACAGUCUGAACAUUGGCGAAUUAGAGCAAGAGAAGCUGAAGAAGCCAGAUCAGCAUUAGCUCUUCAGAUAAAUGAAUUGUUACAAGCACGAUGCGCUGAAGCGAUGCAAAUACUUCGAUCAAGUUCAAAUCUGCCUGUUGACCACAAUUCUGUGAUUAUAACCUCUAACUCAAGGGUUUUCUCCGGAUGUGAAGCCAUCAACUGUGAUCCAAUGAAGGAGAAUAUGCAGGACGAUGAAUUACAAGACCAGGAAGAAUGUGAUACAAGUGUGGCUACAGUAAUUGCAUUUGAGACUCAAACCCCAACUAGCGUAAAUGUAGAGCAGUAAUAUCAGUAUAUAUAAAUUAUCUGCGAUUUCUCAACGGUUUUCAUCAAUUUUACGCAAUUUAAUCCUUUGAUAGUACUAUCAUGAUUAUCAGUAGUGUGAUAGUUCACUUUAAAUUAUCACAGACUUUGUGAUGCAUUUUUUUACUUACCGGUGUUAUUUGUAGUCUUUUAAAUAU